GGUGGUAUGUUACAUGAUAACCACUUCCUCCUUGCGCGAGUGAUAUGACAAUAAUAAAUUCUCAACACAACGCAAGGUGUACAACUAACACAAUGUUGGGUGGUUUAGUCUUCAUGGCGUACGUGUCAGGCAUUAUGGCAGAUACGGCAAUGGCACAAUAUGGAACUGAAAACAAUACUCUGAAGCUUACAAGUGUCCCAUCAACAGCAACAGAAGGAGAGCUCUUCACUAUGAGCUGUACUAGCACCAAAGACAUUGGUGCACAGCCAGUUGCCUGGUUCAAGGACGGUGACAUUACCUUUAGCACAACACACAACGCGUCCACUAACAACACAAUCACCUUCUUACCAGAAGGUAUUGGUGUAUAUUGCGAUGCCUUCCAACACAACAUAACCUUCAAGAUUAACUCCACCAUGUACAAUGGAUCUGUUUGGACGUGUGCAUAUGAACACUUAAGUAACAGUCUUACAAUCGAUGUUGAAACACCUCCGGAGAAAAGUGUUGUACCAGAACCCAUCACCUCUGGGUCUACUACGCUGUCAACUCGAACGAUGAAACAUUCAAUUCAAUAUCCCUUAACAGACGACACGCAUAUCACCACGAUGUCUCAUACAACUCACAACCACAGUUCGGCAGUAAAACAAAUUGUGGGUGAAGGUUCGACUACAAGAAAACCAUUCAUGGACAUAACAGGAACUACUACACCCCUAGCUGGUGUAAAACAUGAUAUGCCAGCCUCCCAAACGGACGCCUACACCAUAGCCGGCUCUGUAAUCGGUGCUUUCAUUGCGAUCGCUGUGGUCGUUGUCGUCGUGCUGUGCGUCAGAAGAAAAACUAUAGACGCAGCAAAAGUUAUGGAAGACAAUUUCGUAUAUUCGAUGUCCUCUGAGGCGGUGCCGAGAGCUCCCAGUGCUCCAAACAGUGGAAAUGGGAUGGAGAGGGCAAUUAUGGUGGAUAAUUUAGUGUAUGAAGGUCCCCCUCGGUUUGCACUGGAUGCUACUAAGACUGAAGUCACAGAGAAAGACACAAAUGCAUACACGGGCUUGUCGUGCUAUGAAGAUGUGGACAAUGUAUACUACUCAGCAGCAACGUCAGAACGUUUGUAACACUACUACUUACUGACAACGUCAACGCCAGAACCUCGGUAACACUACUAUCCACACUGACAACGUCAACGCCAGAACGUCGGUAACACUACUAUCCACAUCGACAUGGUCUACGCUAGAACUUCGGUCACACUACUAUCCACACUCACAACGUCAACGCCAGAACCUCGGUAACACUACUAUCCACACUGAAAACGUCAGCGCCAGAACCUCGGUAACACUACUGUCCACAUUGACAACGUCAACGCCAGAACCUCGGUAACACUACUAUCCACACCGACAACGUCAACGCCAGAAUUUCGGUAACACUACUAUCCACACCGACAACGUCAACGCCAGAACUUCGGUCACACUACUAUCCACACCGACAACGUCAACGCCAGAACUUCGGUAACACUACUAUCCACAUCGAUAUGGUCAACGCCAGAACGUCGGUCACACUACUAUCCACACUGACAACGUCUACGCCAGAACCUCGGUAACACUACUAUCCACACCGACAACGUCAACGCCAGAACGUCGGUCACACUACUAUCCACACUGACAACGUCAACGCCAGAACGUCGGUCACACUACUAUCCACACUGACAACGUCAACGCCAGAACUUCGGUCACACUACUAUCCACAUCGACAUGGUCAACGCCAGAACUUCGGUCACACUACUAUCCACACUGACAACGUCUACGCCAGAACCUCGGUAACACUUCUAUCCACACCGACAACGUCAACGCCAGAACUUCGGUCACACGACUAUCCACACUGACACCGUCUACGCCAGAACGUCGGUCACACUACUAUCCACACUGACAACGUCAACGCCAGAACCUCGGUAACACUACUACACACACUGACAACGUCUACGCCAGAACGUCGGUCACACUACUAUCCACACCAACAACGUCAACGCCAGAACUUCGGUCACACUACUAUCCACAUCGACAACGUCAACGCCAGAACUUCGGUCUCACUACUAUCCACACCGACAACGUCUACGCCAGAACGUCGGUAACACAAUCAGACACACUGACAACGUCAACGCCAGAACGUUUGUAACACUACUACACACACUGACAAAGUGAACACCAGAACGUCGAUAAAACUACUAUCCACACCGACAACGUCAACGCCAGAACCUCGGUAACACUACUACACACACUGACAACGUCUACGCCAGAACGUCGGUCACACUACUAUCCACACCAACAACGUCAACGCCAGAACGUCGGUCACACUACUAUCCACACUGACAACGUCAACGCCAGAACUUCGGUCACACUAAUAUCCACACCGACAACUGACAACGGGCCAACGACUACGUCAAUCACAAUGGGUGUAGUUGAUAUAACGUCUGGCGUCAUUGUUACCUUAUGAUUGAUGUGGGAUUUCCAUUUGAGAAGAUUAUAGUCACGAUUAGUCAUCCGACGAAGUUAUCAAACAAGUUAUUGUUGUGCUACAACUCUUGUAAUUGUAAUCGUAAAACAUAUCCUUUUAUCAUUUUGUGCACGGAAUAGUUCUGUAUCCAUAAGUCUGAGGUCGAUAUGAAUAAAAAAAUAAUAACCGA